GGCAGAAACAUACACAGCAGCGGAUGUUAUUAUCACGAGUUUCAGCCUGCUGUCCUGCAGCUGCGACCUAACAGACAAACUGCUGCUAUAAUAUCAUCUGCAGGCGGCGAUCCGCUCCCUCGAUAGAUCCUACACCGCCAUGGCUAGGUUCCUGAGGUUGUUCACUACUGUGGGUGACAAGCAGCCGGCCCAGUUCGAGUUUGAAGAGCUGCAUGAGACCAGUGAGGAGCUGAGCCCGGCAACCGGCCAGUUCCCGCAGACGCUGACCUUCAGGGGCGCUCUGCAGAGGCUGUACAGCUCCGACCGGUUCCAGGUGGUGGUGGUUUUUUUGAUCAUCUUGGACGCCUUCUUCGUCCUGGCAGAGCUGCUGAUCGAUCUGUCUGUUAUCAAGCUGGAUCAUGGACACAUUGUUCCUGAGGUGUUCCACUACCUGAGCCUCGCUCUCCUCACGUUCUUCAUGGUGGAGCUGGCUGGUAAACUCUACGCUUUCCGCCUGGAGUUCUUUGAGCACAAGUUUGAGGUGUUUGAUGGUAUAGUGGUGGUGAUUUCCUUCGUGUUGGAUGUCGCCUUUGUCUUCCAUGAGGACGCCUUUGACGGGAUGGGACUCCUCAUCCUGCUGCGACUCUGGAGGGUGGCCAGAAUCAUCAACGGUAUCCUGGUGUCCGUGAAGACCCGAGCGCACCAGCAGAUCCACAAGCUGAAGGAGAGCUACGACCACUUGGUUCAGAGAGUCACAGAGCUACAGGAGCGCGCCGACAAACUGGAAAAAGAAAACCAGAAUCUUCAAGGUCUGCUGAAGAAACACGGAAUCGACUCAUCCAUGUAACUGUGAAGGAGCUAUACAUACAAAAUACUUUGAUUAAGGCCUGAUUGAAAUACUCAUACAACUAGUUUACAGACCUUGAUUUUGAUGAUUUUGAUAAAGUUCUUACUGAGUGUCAGAUAUUCACAUGCUGCUGGAUCUCGCUGACAUGGCCUCAAUCUGCCUGUAAAUAUUUGAAUCAUUCCUCCGACUCAUGAAUUGUACAUAAAAAUAAAUUUAAAUAUUUACAUCUUA